AUGUUAGAACUUCAGGCUAGUUACUUGCAGAUUCCUUGGCAGAUUCCUUCGCGGACUCCUUCACGGACUCCUUCGCAGACUCUUUCACAGACUCCUUUCCAGAAUCCUUUGCAGAAUCCUUCACAGACUUCGCAGACUCCUUCACGGACUCCUUCGCAGACUCUUUCGCAGACUCCUUUCCAGAAUCCUUUGCAGAAUCCUUCACAGACUCUUUUGCAGACCCCUUCCCAGAAUCCUUUGCAGAAUCCUUCGCAGAAUCCUUCACAGAAUCCCUCGGAGAGAUGA